ACAAAAAAAAAAUGUGAGCUGAAUUUAUAUAAGCUAUGUUGCUCAGGUGUAAAUCUGCUUGUGUGAAGCAGUAAGGAAGGGAUGGCCUUCACUGUAAUCAAUGCUCAGCUUGAUUUAGUCUUCGGAGAAAAGUAGAAUCCCCAAUAUAGUUUAUUGAUUAUUAAUGCUGUGUUGCUGUGUGUUCUAUAUAUGUUUCGGCAGUGUCUGAGGGUGCUCCAGAACCUUGGCCAUCCUGAUCCAACCCUGCUUGUUGGAGUGACCUUCUUGUUUCACACCAUGGAAGUUCCGUUGGCAGCUCUUUUGAUGCUGAUGGGGUUUAUACUUUUCUCCAUGGCUUCGGAUAUGAACAUGCAGCACCUGGAAGAUCUUCGACGAUUUGGGAAUCUACUGGUCUGGUUUGCCAGACAGUGUUUCUCUGCGGUGGAGGGCGUUGACAUCAGGGUGUGGCUAUUGGCCCUGUUACUCCCUCGUUGUGGUUUAGGAGCUGAGCUGACGAUUAUGGCGAUGCUGGUGGGCUGUAUAGUUUUCCUUCUGAUCUUGAUAGUGAAGCUGGAUAAAGAUUUGGUCGAGGCACUCUUUCAUCUGCAUCAGGCAUCAAGCCAAUAGGAAGUGCUUGCUAAUGUAUUGGAAUGAUGGUCAGUGGAAUGUAAUUAGCACUUUGGUUUUCUUAUCUGAUUACUAUA